AUGGCAGUCACAAUGACCGAUACAAACCUCCAAACACCUCUCAAGCCCAUUUCCAAGCCCGCGGCGCUCAUGAAGCUGGAGACACCCACCCAGCAGCCGCGCUUCGAAGCCCUGCGCGCGAACAACGCCACCGUCAUGUCGCCCGUGAACCAGAAUGGCAGCUUCGAGUUUGACCGCGUUAUCAAGUCUGGCACCGUCAUGAAGCGCACCCGCAAGACCAAGCAAUGGAAGCCCGUAUACAUUGUCCUCCGCCCGAACUUACUCUCCAUCUACCGCGACAAGGAUGAGUCCAAGCUACGCCACCAGAUCACCCUCUCUGAGAUCACGGCCGUUGCACGCCAGAAGGACUCCAAGAAGAAAAUACAGCAUGUCUUUGGCGUCUUCUCGCCUGCCCGCAACUACCACCUCGGCGCCGCCACGGAAAAGGAGGCACAACAAUGGGUCGAUCUUAUCCGAGCUGAGGCGCGCAUAGACGAGGACGAGGAGGAAAUGAUUGUCAUGAGCCCGACAGGCAAGAAGACCUUCAGCGGCUUUGACAGGUCCAAGAAAGGAGAAGUUGUUGGAUCUAGUUCCUCGGAGGUGGAGCGACCCACGAGCUCAGUAACGCUUGAGAACAUGCACAGCGCACGACGGCCCUCACACUCUCUCCAAUACUCUGGUAACGACUACGGAUCGUUUUCCGACUUCUCAGACACGGGCGGACCUGUGCAUGCAAAAUUCCAAGGCUCCGUGAACUCGCUUCCGCCGCCACAGGAGCUGCAACCUCAUAAUACUAGUCAACAGAGCAACAUUGGUACUGUGCCGGAUAAUGACCGAGUCGUUUAUCACGGCUGGCUUUAUGUGCUCAAAUCGAAGGGCGGCGUGCGACAGUGGAAGAAGGUCUGGGUGGUGCUUCGACCAAAGGCGCUGGGAUUCUACAAGAACGAAGACGAAUAUUCCGCCAACCUCAUCAUACCAUUUUCGAGCAUCAUCGACGCUGUUGACAUCGAUCCUCCGUCCAGGAGCAAGCAACACUGCUUCCAAGUCAUCUGUGAAGAGAAGAACUUCCGCUUUAGCGCGCUUAACGAAAAUGCCUUGUCCAAAUGGCUGGGCGCAUUCAAGAGCUUACUAGUCAAAAGGAAGGAGGCUGAACAGCAGCGCGUGCUACAGGCGACAGGGAAUACCCAGCCUCCGAGGACGUCGACCAGCACACAGCAAGUCGCCCAGAAGAACCCAAUGCCCGCGACCCACCCGCAAGCACCACAACAUUAA